CCACCCGCGGCCUGGCAAUGCGUCCAUCAAUCGGAGGUUCAACGACCCGGUACGAAGGACCACUCAGACGCUUGUCACCUCUUCUCUAACCACCCUUUCUCUCAGCCAUGGGGUUCUCCUCCGACGAAAGACGAGCCAUGAUUCUUGCCAUUGGCACUGCUAACCCCGUUAACUACGUCUAUCAGGCCGACUAUGCUGACUUCUACUUUCGCAUCACCAAGAGCGAGCACAUGCCCGACCUCAAAGAAAAAAUGAAACGCAUUUGCGACAGAACAAUGAUUCGAAAACGACACAUGUUCCUGACGGAGAAGAUGCUUCAGGAGACGCCCAACUUGUGUGCCUGUUUGGAGCCCUCCAUGGACACGCGUCAAGAGAUCCUGGUCGAAGAGAUUCCCAAGCUCGCUGAGGAAGCCGCUUUGAAAGCCAUCAAAGAGUGGGGCCAGCCGCUUUCCAAGAUCACUCAUUUGGUCUUCGGCACCACCUCCGGCCUCGACAUGCCCGGCGCCGACUUACGCCUCAUGGAGCUGCUAGGCCUGGACCAUUCCGUCCAGCGGUUUAUGAUGAGCCACGCUGCCUGCGCCGGCGGCGGCACCAUCCUGCGCAUGGCCAAGGAUAUCACCGAGAACAACCCCGGGGCGAGGGUGCUCGCCGUCUGCUCUGAGCUCACCGUCUGCAUUUUCGGCGGCACCUGCCAUACACAUUCCGAUCUCCUCGUCAGCCAGGCGCUGUUCGGCGAUGGCGCGUCGGCACUGAUCGUCGGGGCGGAUCCGGACACCACGACCGAGCCACCGAUUUUCGAAGUCGUCGGAGCUUACCAGCACACUAUCCCAAACUCCCGCGAGGCCGUCGAGAUCCACUCCCGCGAGGCCGGCUUGAUCGUCUACCUCGCCAGGAGCCUGCCCGGCCACAUCUCCAACAACAUCGAGAAAUGCCUAAUCGACGCUUUCAAGCCGCACGGCGUCACCGACUGGAACUCCCUGUUCUGGGUGGCUCACCCGGGCGGCCGAGCUGUGCUGGAUUUGGUCGAAUCGAAGCUGAGCUUGAAGAAGGAGAAGCUGCUGGCGAGCCGGCACGUGCUGAGCGAGUACGGGAACAUGGCGAGCGCGUGCGUCUUCUUCGUGCUCGACGAGAUGAGGAAGCGAUCGUUCAAGGACGGGAAAAGCACCACCGGCGAGGGCUGCGAGUAUGGGGUUCUGUGCGGAUUCGGACCUGGGUUGACCAUCGAGACGGUAGCGCUGCGCAGCGUCCCAGUUGGGUCCCUCAACUGAGCCGAGCCGCGGGCUUCAAUAAUAUUGGAUUAAUGUUAAUAAGAACUCCCACCGUUCAUGGGCCAGCAGACAGCAGUUGGUCGAAUUCAAUGUACCUACUAUCUAGCAUGGAAUAUUAUAUAUUUUGUUAUUUGGCAAUCAAAUAUUUCAUUUUCUUGCUGCA